AUGACGACAGUCGCACGCAAGCGCCUCUUCCGGGAUCUGAAGAAGCUCCAGAGCGACCCGCCAAAUGGAAUCAGUGCAGCACCAGUCGACGAUGACAUAAUGAACUGGUCAGCAGUCAUAUUAUGGCGUUGGAUUUGAUCCUCGGAUUGUGUACGUGAUUAUAGUUUUUUUUGAAGUGGUAGCGAUAUGAUCCCCGGAUUGUGUACGUGAUUAUAGUUUUUUUUAUUUUGAAGUGGUAGCUAGGUAUAUUUAUGUCGAAAUAGGACUUGUCUACUCGUUUUUGGUAAGUAGUCGGGGCAAGAAGUGCUAUGAGCACCCAAGAAGAAAUGAAUAAUAUCCCUGCAUCAAGCAUCUACAUCUUUCAGCCGAUAAUUACAACAAGUGAAAACUUCCAAUACCCAUUUAUCUUAUGUGAAAUUUGCACUUUUUGCAGUCCUUCCACGACCCCUUGUUGUCUGUCACUGUAAAUCUCGGCUUCUUCCGAGAAGCUAGAGAGAUGGACUUUUACAAGAUGUUCCAUUACAACAAGAUGGGUGCCAUCCCAACACACUUCUUCUAAUCUCCUUCGGCCCUGAGGAAACACCAUGGGAGGGAGGAGCGUUUCAGCUCACGGUCGCAUUCAACGAAGAGUUUCCAACGAAGCCUCCGAAGAUAAGGUUCCUCACCAAGAUGUUCCAUCCCAACAUCUACGCGAGCGGUGAAAUAUGCCUGGACAUAUUACAUUAUGAAAAGUUUGAAAGUUUGCGCCGUUAUAGUUAUUUCUGAUACCGAUACUGAUUGUAGAUGAUAGAUCGACCACGAAGCUAUAGUUAUUUCUGAUACCGAUACUGAUUAUAGAUGAUAGAUCGACUACUCUUCUGGUUUAUAGUUUCUGAUGGAGACGAUUAUAGAUGCACUUUUCUGGUUAAUUCACGUUCAUCAUGUAUAGAUACCUAGAAGUCACGCUAGCAAUCUUAUGAUGAGGUAGAUGUAGACUCCUUGGGUGUUGGAAUUCUAUAUACCUCUUCCUUUUACUUUUUUCUAUCUUUCCUAUCCUACUAGGUAGGUUGGCUCCACGACCAAAAAUAUGAAUAUCUUCUCUUCUAAUCCCGGAACCAGUGGAGCCCUAUCUACGACAUUUCGGCGAUUCUGACGAGUAUCCAGAGCUUGUUGACAGAUCCGAAUCCGAAUAGUCCUGCCAAUAGCGAAGCAGCGCAGUUGUGGAACGAGAACAGACGGGAAUAUAAUAGGCGAGUCGUGGCUAUCGUGGAAGAGUCUUUAGUAAGGCAACUGCUGGAGCAUCCUCAGCACCAUCCCUGGCCCCUUUUUCAAGGGAGAAUAGGGCACAGGGAUGGGCUCAGGGAUGCGACGCGGUAGCUCUAACCUUCGCUGGGUUUGACGACGACGAGGAGGAUGAUGACGACGAGGACAAAGAAUAGACGGGGAAGAGGAUGUUGGUGACGAGGGGGACAAAGAAUAGACGACGACGAUGAUGACGAUGAGGACAAAGAACAGUACAUUCCUAUGAUAGUAAACAAGCAGAUGAACAUGAAGGAAGACAAUUUAAUAGCUGAUGAGGAGCAUGAGGAUUGAGGAGUAGGAGGACAUGCUGUAGUUCGAUAAGGAAUUUUUUGGUAGAGCAGCUGUUGUUCUUUGGUCCUGUAAUGUUAAGACUAAGAGCUUGAGCUUCUUAGGUAGUCGCACUAGCACUAGUACGAUCCUGUCGCGUAGGCUUCCUUUUCAUCAUACGCACAUCAUAUAGGUUGCUUCCGUUACUUCUUGUUCAUCAGCUUUCCCAAACUCCGUGAUGUAGUAGCGCAAUUGAUUGCUAAUACGCGGAUCUUCCCCUCGUACUAGCUCGGAGUCGUACUAUCUACUACUGCUAGCAUUUGCAUUGACAUUUGUCUGGUCCUGAUGUAGCUGUUGUACCAACAGCAUUCGUAUUAAGUAUUUCAUUAGGACGCAACGAGUGUGCCUGUGCGUGUGUGCGUAUGUUUGUGCAGUAGAACCCUUUCUUGUGUAGAGAUAUCAUUUGUAAUCAAUAAAGGCAGAACUAGAAGCGUGGUUUCCUAAGUGAGGUUGGCUCCACCACUAAUGAAGUAGUAUGAGAAAGUCAUAUAGCCGUGAAUUGAGUGGUUCCUUGUCCUCCUGCGUCAUCCCAUGAAGGUGAGCUUCCUACUCCUCGUGCUUGCCAUUCUCAUUGUCUUCACAAUAAAGAUAAAGAACUCUAGUCCAUUUACAGAGACGGUGAAUAUUGAAUGUUUUAGUUUUCCUUUUCUCGACGAACAAGGAUAAAUAUGGAAUGCAAAACUCAGAACCAAACAGAACGCUUGUAUUGGAGUACCUAGUGGCAUCGUUAUUACUCGUCUUGAGCCAUCUGUUCUUCGAGAAGCCAAGAG